AUGAGGCUUCAGUUUGGUCGAGGGCCGCUGCAGAGUUUGAGGUCUCUCCCCUGGUUUCUGUCAGAGCUCCUCGGGUGGCCGCUUGUUUUGUGGAUGUCCUUGCGCGCCCCGUGGGACGCUCCAGCGCACGCGGCCACUCGAGCUUCCAGGCCCAAUCUUCCCCAGUCUUGCGGAGAAUGCGUGGGGGGGUGUGAACGACUGCAUUUUUGGCUUCCUUCCAGUCCAGUGGGCAUGAAGCAGGCCUCAGUGGCUCCUGGGAUUCCCCUCCACGACGACCCCUAUUAA